AUGCUCAAGAUCACGAUUAGAUCAGCCAAGAACGAUCAGCUAGCCUUGGGAAGAGACACGUUCGUUGAUUGUCAACCAGGAAGCACACUGGAGCUGUUGCUGCUCAGAUGGCGAAUCAACAACAGAUCGGAAUACGUGUUCCCAAAUUUGCAUAACUGGUCAAAACUCUCCGCCUCAGCAGUCUCGUCGAUUGCAAAGAAGCUGAUCCAAAGCUCAAUGGACUACGUCGAGAAGAAAGGAGGAAGUCCAAGAAGAAGAAGUCCAAGACCCACACGAAGAGCACUCUUAUGCCUUUAA